AUGGAAAAUAAAAACAAUGUCUCUGAAUUCAUCCUCUUGGGACUUACUCAGAAUCAAGACAUUGAAAAAGUCUGUUUUGGGCUGUUUCUGACCUUCUACACAGCCAUUGUCCUGGGGAAUUUACUUAUCAUUGUCACCAUCAAGACAAGCCCCCGUCUGAACUCCCCCAUGUAUUUCUUCCUCAGCUACCUCUCCUUCGUAGACAUCUGCUACUCCUCUGUUACUGCUCCCAAACUGAUUGCGGACUUCCUUGUUGAGAAGAAAACCAUCUCCUUUGUUGGAUGCAUAGCCCAGCACUUUGGGGUUCACUUUUUUGGUUGCACUGAGAUCUAUCUUCUCACAGUGAUGGCAUACGACCGAUACAUUGCAAUCUGCAAACCCCUCCAUUACACAACAAUUAUGAGCAAGAGCGUGUGCAGCUGGCUGGUGCUAGCUUCAUGGAUGGGCGGGUUGGGCCAUUCAAUAGUACAGACUCUUGCCACCACACAUCUUCCCUUUUGUGGGCCCAAUGAAAUGAAAAGUGAGCUGUAG